GGAGGCGGAGAGAGCCGCGGGGGCUCGAUGAAGGGCUGGGGCAGCCCCAGCCCGGACCUGCCCAGGCGGUUGACUCCUCCCUUGGGGAAGGAGGGUGCACUGGGGCCGCCCCCGCCCGCCGCCGUGUGACUGGGAGCGUGCAGCCCCGAGUGGCUGUGGGGCGCCGGGCCUGAGCCGGCGACCGUGGACACCCUGCCCCCGUGGGACCGGGCCUCCUGGGCCCGGCUCGGCCCCUCGCGCCCUCCCCGCCCGCCGGGGCUCCCGCCGGCAGCGACCAUGUUUUCGCUGAAGCAGCCCAAGCCCACCUUCAAGUCUUACCUUCUGCCGCUCCCUCAGGCUGAAGACCAUAUGUCAUCAGAACCAAGAAUUAAAAAACUGGAACCAGUACUUUUGCCAGGUGAAAUUGUGGUAAACGAAGUAAAUUUUGUAAGAAAAUGCAUGGCAACAGAUACAAGUCAAUAUGACCUGUGGGGCAAAUUGGUUUGCACUAACUUCAAGAUUUCUUUCAUUACGGAUGACCCAAUGCCACUACAGAAAUUCCAUUAUAAAAACCUCCUCCUUGGUGAACAUGAUGUCCCGUUAACAUGCAUCGAGCAGAUUGUCACAGUGAAUGACACCAAGAGGAAACAGAAAGUCCUUGGUCCCAACCAAAAACUGAAAUUUAAUCCAACUGAAUUAAUAAUUUAUUGCAAAGACUUCCGUAUUGUCCGAUUUCGUUUUGAUGAAGCAGGUCCUGAAAGUGCAAAAAAGGUGUGCCUUGCAAUAGCUCAUUAUUCUCAGCCAACAGAUCUGCAGCUUCUCUUUGCAUUUGAAUAUGUUGGGGAAAUGUAUCAUAAUCCAGCAAAGAAGGUGAAUGGAAUAGACCCAGGAGGUGGUGGCAGCAGCAGCGGCAUCGGCAGUGCCAGUGGUCAGCAGACACCUUUGUUUGAAACUUACUCGGAUUGGGAUAGAGAAAUCAAAAGGACAGGUGCAUCUGAGUGGAGAGUUUGUUCAGUCAAUGAAGGUUACAUGAUAUCCACUUGCCUUCCGGAAUAUUUUGUGGUUCCAUCUUCCUUAGCAGAUCAAGACCUCAAGCUAUACUCCUACUCCUUUAUUGGGAGACGAAUGCCAUUAUGGUCCUGGAAUCACCCCAACGGCAGUGCCCUAGUAAGAAUGGCCAACAUUAAAGAUGUAUUGCAACAAAGAAGGAUUGACCAAAGGAUUUGUAAUGCAAUAACUCGAAGCCAUCCCCUGAGAAGUGACGUUUACAAAUCUGAUCUGGACAAGAGUCUCCCCAACAUCCAGGAGGUUCAGGCUGCACAUAUCAAACUCAAGCAGCUGUGUGUUAAUGAGCCUUUUGAAGAAACAGAAGAGAAGUGGCUGUCUUCUCUAGAAAAUACUCGCUGGUUAGAGUAUAUUAGAUUAUUUUUGAAGCAUUCUGCAGAACUUGUCUAUAUGAUGGAGUGUAAGCAUGUUUCAGUAGUUCUACAAGAGGAAGAGGGACGGGACCUGAGCUGUCUUGCUGCUUCUCUCAUUCAAGUUAUGCUGGAUCCCUAUUUUCGAACAAUUGUUGGAUUUCAAAGCUUAAUACAGAAGGAAUGGGUCAUGGCAGGAUAUCAGUUUCUAGAUAGGUGUAACCACUUGAAGAGAUCAGACAAAGAGUCUCCUUUGUUCUUGAUGUUUCUUGACUGUGUUUGGCAGCUGCUGGAGCAAUACCCAGCGGCCUUUGAAUUUUCUGAGAUGUACUUGACCAUACUGUAUGACAGUGCACGCAUCUCAUUGUUUGGCACUUUCCUUUUCAAUUGUCCUCAUCAGCGAGUCAAGGAGAGCACUGAAUUUGCCAUAAGCAAAAAUAUUCAGCUGGGUGAUGAGAAGGGCCUCAGAUUUCCUUGUGUUUGGGACUGGUCUCUUCAGUUUACAAGCAGGGACCGCCUGCUCUUCCACAACCCUUUGUACAUUGGCAAGAGUGCACCGUGUGUCCAGAAUGGAGCAGUGAAAACUUUUAAACGCUCAAAGAAAAACUACAGCUCCACAUUGCGAGGUGCCCCCCCAGCAUUAAAAAAUGGAAUCCUCAGUGAGCCAGAUUUCCUUCCAAGAAGAAACUCGCUGAUACUAAAACUGAAACCGGACUUCUUGCAGCAAACGGAGGGCCGGAGCAGUGGUAUGGAGCAAUACUUCAGAGACUGGUUUGCAAAGCCCGUUGACUUGCACGGCGUGAUUCUACCCCACACCUCUGGAACACAAAUAAAACUGUGGAAACUGUGCUACUUCCGCUGGGUUCCUGAGGCCCAGAUUAAUCAUGGUGGCUUCAUCACUGCUUUCCAUAGAGUUUCUUUGCUGGCAGAUGAAGUAGACAUGUUAAACCGGAAUCUUAGGCAGUACAAAAGCAACUCUUCUUUGCAAGGCAACUGCUCGGAACUGGAUCAAAGCAGGUUGUACUUCAGAGCAAAUGGUUUCAAUGACACCUCUGCAGCCCCAGACUUUCUCUCCUCUUCCUUCCCGUUUUCUCCUGUAGGGAACCUGUGCAGACGGAGCAUUCUGGGAACGCCUUUAAGCAAAUUUUUAAGCGGUGCCAAAAUCUGGCUAUCCACUGAGACACUUGCAAAUGAAGACUAAGAUAACGUGAUGGUUUAAAGGUUUGAGGAGAAAACAGCAUAUCACUUUGUCUUUUUAAUACUGCUAUGCGUGGCAUUGAAAGCUGUAAUAAUUUUUAUAUUCAAACAUUACGUAAGUUUGCACAAAUACUUCAAAGCAAAGCGAGUCAUGCUUCAAAUCGCACAAUUUUGUCUUCACUAGUUCUCAUCUGCUAGGGCUUGGGGUCCCUAAUUCCUUCUCUGUUUUUCUGAUUUGACUCAUUAUUUGAUGAAGCAUUUCCUUAGCUAAUUGAAAGGCCUGGUGUGGCCAUUCACGAGGGUUCUGCUUGAAGUAUCUUUUUUCCCAGAUAGUGAUUGAAGUCACUCUUGUGUCAAAACAGGUUGGCAAAUCAAAGUAGCGAGGACAAGGGGACACAGACCGACAGCUGAAAUCUGGGAACAAACUAUUUUAUCAGACUGCCUCUUAAGAAAGAAUACUUACCUGCAUACAUCCAUACUAAUGUUCCAUGACUUGGCCAUCCUACGUGUGUGUUAAUGCUGCGUGUGUCAGUGGGGGGAGCUGUUCUCCUUUCUUUGUCUCCCCAAGAUGUAUUCAGUAACAGAUUUGUGCUCUUUGCCAUGAGCUUGACUUGAGACUGUAGGAACCAACUUCAGGACAAUGCACUGUUAACCUUAAAAUAUUUACUGUAGAUAUGGCAUUACGGUAGCUUUAGAAGUGCCUUUAAGUGGGAGGAAACAGCAGCGAGAUUACUGUAAGGCAGGUGACCCCCUAGCCUUUUACAGUACUUUUGCAGUAAGGUCUUGUUCAAUCCCCCAUCUCCCUCUCUCCAUUUUUGGAAGUAACAAGACCAGUGCAAGAGACAGCUGCUUCUUGCCUCUGAGUUAUCCUCUAAGCUUGUUUCUGAGUCUCACGGAAUCUUCCCUUUUUUUAAUAUGAGCACCACCAAUACUCAGCAUUGUAUCUUUGCACAGAUCCUGAUCCCUGCCACCCGGAUGAAGCAGUUUGUAGUAGAAUUCACUCACGUGAGCCCUGCACGGUUCUGGAAAGGAACACAUGUUCCAAGUGGCUAAAUCCAGAGGGGUGCUGGUGUCACUUGUGAACAGGUGCUGGAAGAAGAGUGGUUAGUGGUGCCUUCUUUUUACCUAUGUGCAUGUCCUACUGACAACCUGGUGGACAGUGAUUGAGGGAAUGAAAUCCAACAGCUUCCCUCUGCUUAAUGCAGCAGCCUUCUCUUUGCUCUAAAACCUUUUAAACGAUACCUCUCCCUUGUCUUCUGUGCCACGGUUUCAUGAAAGAAAAGCAGGAGAGUAAAGUAUUCUGGGAGGGUGGAGGAGUGAUAAUGCAUCAUACUCAUAGGUUGACUUCUGUCUACCUUCUCAACUGUGAGGCUGCAUUUUAUAUUAACUAAUUUCUGUGUAAAACACACAGUUUGCACCAAAACAGAGCCUUUAUGCAGGUGCUGACCCACAAGUGUAGGUGCCAAUUGCCUUAUAUGAUAGAUGAAGUUACCAGGGGGGCAAAACCCAUAAAAGGUGCCCUGGUAACAAUGCACAGUAUAGCAGAGUUGAAACAACUGUGGGGAUGAACAGGAUCUGGAGCUCUUCACUUGUUUGUGAAACCAAACUGGUCUUCAGCACAUCUCCAAUCACAGAGUGGGUUUUGGACAUCUUAAGAUUGCCCAAGUUUUGGUUUGUUUUUUUUUAAUACAAUAUGUAUCUGGAGUGGCCUUAUAGGUGCAGGUCCAUACAGGACCCUGUUUUCCCCACAAUAAAAAUCACAAAGCUCACUGAACUGUGGGAGACCUGGGGUGUGCUGUGCUUGGCACCACAUUGCAUUUGGUGGGGACGAGUGUGUGGUUUGUGAAGGUGAGCUGAGAUGGGGGAAGGGGGGCUUCCUUUUCUAACUAACCAUACUCCCCAAAAACCUGCUUUUAUGCAGAGAAGAUGAGUGUGUGUGCAGGUCCAUCUGCAGCUGCAUGUGGACACACACGCAUGUCACAGUGUAAUGCCGGAUGGGUUCUGGGCAACUCUUUGUGUGGAAAAUGUGUUUGCCUCAAUUGCCUAAUGAUGCUGCAAGAUGGUCUGAACAUGUCAAAUGGUCCACAAACUAGCUGUGUUUAUCUACAAGCUUGCUGGAGCAGUCAGGUAUUUAAGCUGUUCAUUAUUCAAAUGUUUGUAUUAGUGUGCUUUUGGUUUUUUUUUCCUUCACUAACUUACUGCUCUCCCUGGCCUGAUACUUGACAUAAAAGACCUCAACCUGUGUGCUUAGUGUCUUUUGGUACCAAUUUUUUUUUUAAUUACAGUUUAAACCAUGGUGAUUUUUUUCUUUUCCUUAAAAGCAUAACUCUUUUUGUUUAAAGGUACCAAAAAUUUGUAAAUAACUUACUCCACACAGGCAGCUGGUGGAGUUUAAAUAGAAUAAAAAAAUAUUGUUUAGGCUAGUACCCUUUGGGGCUAAACAAAUGGGUACUAUAUUUAAAAGGAUUGUCUUUUAUAAGGAGAUUUCAGACAUUUUUACAUUUCAGUUCUAAGAUGUGUACAGAUGCUGCAGAUGGUCUUUUUGUUUUAUAUAUAUAGCAGAGGAGGGGGUUAUAAAUAACAUGCCUUUACAAUAAACAAAAACCUGUCUAAGUAUCUAUUUGCCAAACAGACUUAAAAAAUUUUACACAGUUAAAAGAGAGGAGUUAGGCAAGCAGAGGCUGAGACAGUGAUAAGUGCAGGGGGAGGGAAAUGGGGACACCUCCUGCAGUGCUGAAGGGGAGCAGAGAAGGUUCAGCUUCCUUGUGUUUGUAGGAACCUUCCUUUGGAGGCACCUGAACAACUGGCCGUGUGCCUGUGCCUGUGUGCAUGCCUGUGUCUGAUGCUUCUUCCUCUUAGUUUAAACAUAUUAAUUGUUGUAAUUUACUUCUGUAAGACAGGUACUAAAUACUAAUUUUAAAAUACUCCCUACUCUGCACAGUUGCCUUAGCAGUAGUCAAUAGGGACUGCUCUGAACAUCUUUCAUAACUUUCAAAAGCUACUUUGGGGUGUGAGUAUGUAUCUUUAACUUUUGUGUACAGAAUACUGACAUACAAGUGUAUAUAUAUAUAUAUGCGUGUAUGUGUGUAUGUAUAUAUAUAUAUAUGUACACAUUUUCAAAUUUUAAUUUCAGUUCACCAUUUGAAAAGAGAUACUGUUAAUGCCAAUUUGUUGCUGCAGGAGUAGAACAGCUACCAGGAAGCUUACCUUUUUUGUCUCUUUCUAGAAACGUGCACUAUUUUGGCUGUUACUGGCUGUUACCCGAUGACUUUUGUACUACACUGUAAACCACAUGGGCGGGAGGAAAUGCUGGGUGAUGUGGUUAAUGCAUAACCUUGAGUGUCACUUGUUACUCGAGGCAGAGCGUAAACUUAGGAGAUCAUGGGAGUGCAACUUAAUUCACCAUUUACUGCCAUGUAUCAAAGAAAAUCCUUUCAUUCCAGAACUGCAUUGAAAAGCGUGCGAGUGUGCGUGUGUGUGUGUAGGUGUAGAUGCAGGCUGAUGUGUUUUCACACACACCAGCCUGCAGUACCACUUUGCUAUUAACUGCCUUGUAUUUUUAAUGAAAAUGUAGCAAGUGGGGCAAAGGUUUUGGCUUACUCUCAGAUGGACAGACAUAAAAACCAAAAAAUUUUCUAUCCUGUAUUUAAGCAAAGGACAAAAUCUUAAAUUUGCCUCAAAAGUAAGAGACAGAAAUAUGUACCUCAGUUGCUCUAGGCAGUAGAUUUCUAAUGCUGUUGCUGUGAUGGUUUAGAGUUCAUUUCAACUGAAAGUAAAACCUUUGUGCCUGCUAAUGAUUUACUGAAUAAAGUAGAAGUGUCAGGAAGAUUGCAAACACCUGAUGCUGAGUUGUGAAUGUGAAGUAAAGUCAACUAAAUAAAAGUUUGUACCUUUUCGCAGUGAA